CAGUCCUUUCUUCACAAUAGUCACAGUCACACUACCAAGUACCAAACGACCUGGGGAAGUUUUGUCCCCAAACCGACAUCAAAUUUGGUAAAUACUGAUCAUUUAGAAGUCCUAUAGAAAACAAAGGAAUUUGCAAAAUGUGGCUAUGGGAUUACCUCACAGGAAUGCUAAGCUACCUGGGCUUGUAUAAGAAAUCUGGUAAACUAGUGUUCCUUGGUUUGGAUAAUGCUGGAAAAACUACACUCCUUCAUAUGUUGAAAGAUGACCGAAUGGCUCAACAUGUGCCAACCCUCCACCCAACUUCUGAGGAACUUACAAUGGGUGGAAUGCGAUUCACCACUUUUGAUCUUGGUGGUCAUAAACAAGCUCGUAGGAUUUGGAAGGAUUAUUUCCCUGCAGUCAAUGGCAUUGUCUUCAUAAUUGAUACAGCCGAUGUAAAUAGAUUGCCAGAAUCAAAGAACGAGUUGGAUGGUAUUCUUAGUGAUGAACAGCUUUCACAUUGUCCUGUUCUUCUUUUGGGAAAUAAAAUUGACAUUCCUGGAGCAGCUGGUGAAGAGUAUAUUCGACAAUAUUUUGGUCUCUAUGGACUAACUACUGGACGAGCUGCUCAAAAUUUGAAGGACAGCAAUCAAAGGCCCAUGGAAUUAUUUAUGUGCAGUGUACUGAAGCGAGAAGGAUAUGGAGAAGGGUUCAGAUGGCUUGCUCAAUUCAUCUAAUAAUCCAAAUGUUCUUUUGGCGAAAUUAGAAACACAGUUGAUUUAAAAAAUGCAUAUUCUUUUCUAAGCCAGUAGAAAAAGGUACACUGCGGGUUUGAAACUUGUCAAUUCUUCUCAAUUUGUGCAUGAUACCUACUGCUAUACUGCAUUCUAUAAAAAACAUUUUACUAAAACAACACUUAUAAUACGUAGCUGUUGAACGAUUCAUUAAUGACCGGACUACUGACUCUUUUGAAAAUAUCAAACAUUUGUUGUAAACAUAGCUUAGGGAUUAGACCUUAAUAUAGACGUACCGCAACUUUGAAUGUAUACGCUAAUUUACUAAAAUAGAUUGAAGUAUCUUUGCU